UUCGAAUUGUUAUAUCAUAUAAAUAAUCUUCUCUGGUUCAAUAUAUUGUAAUCUAUCCUCUUUUCUUGGAUAUUCAUAAUUACAUACUAUUUGUGCGACUUAUCAUGUCUAAUCCUACAAAGGAUAUCCAAGCCGAAUUGGCUACCAAAGCGGCCGAUAUUUUUGUUGAAAGUUUCUAUGAAGCUCUAAAUAAGCCCAAUCUUCGCUCAACAAUCACAUCCUUCUAUAUCAAGCCUUCCGCUCUGGCCCCGGCUGAAGCAUCCAUAACCAUUAAUGGAAACAUCGUACCAACACCCUCCGCCUUCCAAGAAACGUUCGAGAACAAAAUAGGCAAAACUUCAUAUGAAGCACAGGUAUAUGAUGCUCAUGUCAUAAACCCAAACUACAAUAUAGGGGUUGAGGAAAGUAAGCUUGGGCCGGAUAAGGAUGGGAGGAAAAUUAGUAUUGCCAUUAUGGUUAGCGGGCAAGUGAAAUAUACUUCGAAGAAUGGGGAUGAGGGAGAAGAGCGAGGUUUUAUGGAGAAUUUCGUCUUGGUACCCAACGUGGAGGCUAGAAAUCCAAAGGCACCGAAGGGGAUCAAGAAAUGGUUGAUUCAAAGUCAGAUAUUUAGGUUGGUGCUUUGAGGUGAAAUCCCGAGAGUACGAAGGAACAUGGGAUGGAGAACCCUAUUCUGAACAACAAGUUAUAGAGUACUCUCUACAGGAAGUAGCAUCGCUCAGCGAAUCUAAGCAAUGCCACCCUACGCAAAGCACUCAUGGCUAGUCGACCCAUGGCCGAUUCAUUUGGGAGCACCCCUCAAACGUCUCAAAUUUAACAUCAGAUCUAGUCAGAUGACGAGGCUAGAAGAGUGCAAAAGACUCGGUGGUGGACAGAUUAAUUUUCUCGGGCAGGAUUAUGGAUUGGCCUCUUAGUAAAGACGCAGGUAGCAUCCUUGAGAAGAGUUGCAAAUCUACAAGUCGACGCGCAUUCGAUGUUGAGAGUAUAAGAGCAAUAUGGUAUUUAUAUGAUAAAAGCUGCUAAUCAUCUCCAUGC